UUAAUCUGAUAUACCAGAUCAGUCUAAUAUGUUCAAUACCAUAUCAGCUCCGUAAAAUGAUUCUCACAACUUAUAAAUGUGAAGGUGUAGGCAUCAUUAUGAGAAGUUCAUUCUACUCCCGUUCUCUCUUUUUUACUUCUUUUCUGACCUGAAUCUUUUUGACUUAUGGGUCGAGUGCAAAUGCAAGGAAAACACUUUUCCUUUGCCUUCAAUCACCCUUUUCUUUUGCCUUUCCAGAAACACCCCAAAAUCGGCACAAACACUUUUCUUCACGUAUAACUUCAACAUAUACAGUCGAAUCUCGUAGGGAAGUGAAGAGUCAGGGAGAGCAACAAAAUAAAUAUCUGGUCCAGUGAGAUCCUUUUAGUCUUGGGUUGAUCCUGUCAGGUCUUGCCAAGUCAAAAAUGGGACCCGACAACCCCGUGGAAUUAUUGAAACCCAUUUUUUUUGUAGUUUAUGUUUUAAGUGUGCCAACAGAGAAUAUUGACUCUUUUAGUCUUAAUUCUAAAGCCAUUUGUUUACUUAAGAAGCAGGGAAAAGGGAGACCGGAAAUCAAAGCGAAGCUAGAAUAUGGGUUUCUUUUUGGAUUUUGUUUAACGUUGGUAUGGUAAUAUGAGGGAGCAAAGACUUUCUCUCAGUCGAGGCAAUCAAGAGAGUGGAAAAACCAGAUACUGACUAAAAGGAGAAAAUGUCUGUUUUUCUUGAAAUCUUGAAGUGCAUUCUGUGUUGUGAAGACGAGUCCAUUGAUAUUGAUGACAACCGACCUUCCUUCGGAGAUAAUUUUAGUGGAACUAGGAUUUAUAACACUUUUUCUAGCUUGGUCUCCAAUCCUAGUUUCUCAAACGAAUCAUAUUCGACAACCAGAAAUCGCAAUUACUCAAAUUCAUCCCUCAGUUCAUCACUCAUUAACUCAACUAGAAAUGAGUCGACAAGGCAGUCCAGGCCAAGUGACGUACCUGUUGAAUACAGGGUAGUUCUAGGUUCAGAGACAAAUACACCAACUUCAAUUGGAUCAUUGUAUCUGAAGUCUGUGGAAAGGGUUUAUCAAGGGCCUCAGAAUUCUAGGAGUUCUGGCACAGACAACAUUUAUUCAUCUCCAACUUCAAUCAAACCACCCCAGUCCUCAACUAAGCUUAUUCUGCCUCCUCCUAAUCCUUCGCCAUCAUCCUUUAAACCCCCAACUUCUUCUCCUAAACCACCUCCAUCUUCUAAACCAUCUUCAUCUUCCCCUAAACCCCCAACAUCUUCUCCUAAACCACCUCCAUCUUCUAAACCAUCUUCAUCUUCCCCUAAACCCCCAACAUCUUCUAAACCAUCUCUAUCAUCACCUAAACCUCCAAUGCCAUCUAAACCAUCUUCAUCAUCUCUUAGACCAAGUUCAUCCUUCUCCACACCAACUUCAUCUUCUUCUAACCCCACUCCAUCCCUUAAGCCAACUCUAUCGCAGGUGCCUUCUAAUUUUUCCUACCAACAAGGGAAAGGAGAGUAUAAAUGGGCCAAUCCAAAGGAUACAUUACCUAUUUACAUGAUUCCCAAGGACAUUGAGGACUUGAUCAAGAGAGACAUUGUGCCUGAAGUUCUGAAAAAACCUUUGUCUCCCUCAACAUACCAGGAUUACUUUACAGCUCUUCUAUAUGCUGAGGAUUACUACAUUGAGAAAUGGAGUGGUUAUGAGUUGGUGAAUGUGUCUCUGGAGCUGCAUUCAGCAUCAAUCUAUCAGAAGUCAGGCAGGAAUAAGGACUCAAAAGCAAGAAAUAAGAUGGAUGAUAAAACUUUUGUAGUGUUUGAGGUCGAUUCUAUUGCUGAGAGGCGGCCAUUUCUUCUAUCAAGGGACUUUGUCUUUGCACAACCUGCGGGCAAAAAAAUUGAGCCAUAUAAGGGCAUUAUAUAUCGGGUGGAGAAGAGCACAAAUGUACUAGUUGAAUUUGGAGAGGAGUUUUAUUCUCAGCAUGCUUCAACCUGCAGAUAUAAUAUUAGUUUCUCAUUCAACAGAGUCUGCUUGAAAAGGGCUCACCAAGCAAUUGCAGCUGCUUCUGAUCCUUUAUUCCAAAAGUUCCUUUUCCCUAAUUCUGUCUCCAGAGAUCUCAUGUGUAUCUCAACGCCUUUUAAUCUUAAUAACCACAAUCUUGAUCAGGUUGAAAAGUCAGCAGUUCAUCGUAUUUUGAACUUUGGAGGUCCUCCACCUUUUCUAGUAAAGGGCCCUCUCUGUACAACUUGCAAUGAUAAUUCUGAAUCCCUUAUGGAGCAACUUUCAAGAACUGGACUGGUUGUUAAAGAAGCAGUGCUCCAAAUUUACCAACGCCAUCCAGGGUCUAAAAUUCUUGUCUGUGCGCCUACAAAUAGCACAUGUGAUGUGCUAAUGAGAAGCUUGAAAAAGGAAAUUCCGGUGUCAGAUAUGUUCAGAGCCAAUGCUGCAUUCAGGGAGAUAGAGGGGGUUCCUUUUGACAUCCUCCCCUCCUGUCUUUACAAAACAGAAACUGAGUGUUUUAGUUGCCCUUCACUCCAGGAACUAAGGGAGUUACGAGUAAUAUUUUCUACUUUUAUAAGUAGCUAUCGCCUGUAUAAUGCAGGCAUAUCUGCUGGACAUUUUAGCUAUAUCCUUUUGGUGGAUGCUUCUUCAGCUACUGAGCCAGAGACAAUAGUGACUUUGGCUAACUUGGCUGACGAGAGCACAACGGUGAUAGUUACUGGUGCAUCCGGAAAUCGUUCAAGCCAUGUCCGAGCAGAUAUUGCUAGGCGGAAGGGGUUGAGAAGAUCGUACUUCGAAAGACUUUGUGAGUUUGGUCCGUACAAGAAUGGAAACUCAAUGUUCAUAGCGCCGAUCCAGGACAGAGCCACGGUGGUGCCAAGGGAGAAAAUGCCCCCACCCCAAUUUCGUACUACAGUGUUUCUAGACUAAUGCUUUAAGCAUUGCUGUGGUUAAAAAAUAUCGAUGUCUGACGUUUGAAAAAUGUCGUGAAAAAUAAUAAUUUGAGAUUUUUAAGUGGUUAAUAUUGUUAUAAAAAAGUUGCAGAAAAUUAAAAUAUUUAAAGAAGACAUGAUAUUGUGAUGUGAUAUUCCAUUUUUAAAUACUCCAUUUUGUCUGCUUUUCAUUAUUGACGAUCGUGAUAACAUU